AUGCUCGCUCCCAUCAGCUCCGCCACCCCCGCGCUCUCAGGCCUCUUCGCCGCUCGCGCUGGCACUGCCCUCCGCAUGUGCAAGCCUGCUCAGGACGCUGGUGAUCUCCCCGACGCUGGAUGGGGAGGCGAGAAGAAGGCUCACACCCGUGACCCCAAGUCCACCCAGCUCGACCCCAACGACCCCAAGUCCAAGCAGACCUACAUCCCCCCUGCUGAGAGCUUCGAGGAGUACCUCAAGCGCCGCCAGGCCCAGGGCAAGUAA